AUGGCCCCUAUGCUGGAUGCAAACCCCGACGCAUCCGGAAACGCCUCAGUAGCCAACGCGAUUCCUUAUCAGGGUGUCAGCCACGCCAAACUGCAGGCGCUGGCGAACAAAUGCCUAGCAAAUUACGGCACAAAGUUUGAAAAGGACAUCAUCACCCGCACUGACGGUCUUUAUGUCUACACCGCCGACGGACACCGAGUCCUUGAUUGGACCUCCGGCCAGAUGAGCUGCUUGGUCGGCCAUGGUCAUCCAGAAGUCGUCGAGACUGUGCACAAGCAUGCCGCUCAUUUGGAUCAUCUGUUCUCUGGCAUGCUGUCGCCACCAGUCAUUAGCCUUGCCAAUCGCUUAACGUCAGCUUUACCUUCAGGUUUGGACAAGGCUUUCUUUCUAAGCACAGGCGGGGAGAGCAACGAAGCCGCCAUCAAGAUGGCCAAAGUCUACACAGGCAAAUUUGAGAUCGUCGGACUUGGCGCUUCCUGGCACGGCAUGACAGCCCAGGCGCUAGGUGCACAGUACCAUUUCGGUCGUAGUGGUCAAGGUCCUGUCAUGCCUGGAAUGCAUAUGCUGCCACCGCCAAACGCAUAUCGAUCUAUCUUCAGAAAUGCUGAUGGUUCGUAUGAUUGGGAGAAAGAGCUCGACUAUGGUUGGUCUCUCAUCGACCGGGCGUCCUGCGGCUCGCUCGCCGCGUGCAUCGUUGAAUGCAUUCAAUCGUCUGCCGGCAUGCACGUCCUCCCGCCCGGCUAUCUCAAGGCUCUGAAGAAGCACUGCGAAAAGCGUGGUAUGUUGCUCAUCGUGGACGAGGCUCAAACUGGCGUUGGUCGCUGUGGCGACCUCAUGGCGAUCAACCAUGAAGAUGUGGUCCCUGACAUACUGACUCUCAGCAAAACUCUUGGUAACGGGCUGCCGCUCAGCGCAGUCAUUACCAGCGAUGAAAUCGAGCGCGUCUGUACUGAACGAGACUUCUGCUUCUACACAACGCAUGUCAACGAUCCCUUACCCGCUGCUGUGGGCGACAAAGUUCUGGAGAUUGUACUCAGGGACAACUUGAUCGAGAACUCUAGGAGACUUGGUAAGGUCCUGAAAGAUGGUCUGCUGGCGCUGCAGGAGAGAUACGGCUGCAUUGGCGACAUUCGUGGCCGAGGACUCAUGUGCGGUGUAGAGAUCGUGGGCGACCGCGAAACCAAGGCAUUGGACCUCGUGCUAGCCAAAGACAUUGCCAACGCCAUGUAUGAUCGUGGCCUAUGGGCCAAUCUUAGCAGUCACGCAAGCUUUGGUGGUGUGUUCAGAAUUGCUCCGCCUAUCAUCAUCACGGAGGAGCAAGUAAGGGAAGGGUUGGCAAUUAUGGAAGACGCAUUCAAGAACACGCCUGGUAGCAGGCCUCUAUACUAG